UAAGAAUUUAAUAUUAUGUUUAAAACUUCCGACCAUUAAAUUCGUAAGAGACCUCUGCGACACAUGUGACGAAUGUAUUAUAUAUAAAAAUUCAAAGCUAAUAAAUGGUCCACCAUAUAGAUUGCACGCCGUAUAAUUUUUAGUCGUCAAUGAAGUCCAAUAAUAUUUUCAAACCGAUCCACAUAUAAAUUGGUGAAUCAACAACUCAAGACGUCGUCUAAAUAUUUGUGAUGAAUAGAAAUACAUAUUUACUACGGCGAUAAAUGGUCCACCCUAAAAAGGGCACGCCGGCGCCUUGGCAAAUCUGGUUCCAAGACAACUAAAAAGCGACGUCGAACCACCGAACGGUCACACUGAAACCCCCCCGCGUCCACCCAUUCGUCCAACGUGUUUGUGUGCAAAAUUUCUACGGUUAAAUAAAAACCGCUUGAAAAUUGGCCAGCCACCGUGCCAAAUUCAGGAUUAGAGUGCCUCGAACCGCAGGAUUGGGAUCACGACCGGAAGAUCAGCAGAUCAGUAGCAGGACAACUAGGAGCACCCAUCCAGCAGAAAAGUCCUACUCCUCAGUUUUUUUCUCUCUUUUUGACUGCCAAGGCGUCACUUUCAGCAGUGAAUAACCCAGGGUUCUUGGUUUUUGGCCAGCGGAGGAGCAUCGUGUUGCAGUCGCAAACGGGAAGAUGGUUAAAGCUAAAAAGGGCAAGAAAGAGAUACUGACCAAGGUCGAAGGCGGCUCCUCGGCGGAUGAAAUCUCCGAUGUGGACAGCGACCAGGUGAGCCUCAACAACAAGAAGAACCAGCCCCAGAAGGGCAACAAGGCCGGCCAGGAUGAUGUCCAAACAUUGACCAAAGGUGUUGGCAAGCUCAGUGUCAAGGGAAAAGGCAAGGCAGCCAAGAAUGAGGACUCCGAUGACGGGGAAGUGCUGGCCCCUAAGGGUAAGCCCGCCAAAAAGUCCGCAUUUGAACUGCUAAUGGACGACGACGAUCAGGAUGAGCCGGCUGCCCAGGAAAGCCAGUCAGAGGAGGAGGAAAAAGUGGUUGCCAAACCGCAGAAGCAGGAAAAGAAGGGCAAGAAGGCCAAACGCAAGGGCAAAGACGAUGACGAUGAAGAUCUGGACAGGGUUUUGGCUGAACUUCAAGCAGAAUACGCUGGAGAGGCUACUCCUGCCACCGUUGUCUCCCCCGAAGAGCUGGCCGAUGAGUUCUCCAAGAAGAAAAAGAACAAGAAGCAGGCUAAGCAAGCUCCUGCCGCGGAAAAUGCUGGAGAGGAUGAGGGCAGCGAUGAUAAUGAGGAGGGCAGCACCAUGAAGUCGGCUGCCCAGAAGAAAAAGGAGAAGAAGGAGCGCCAGAAGAGGGAGGCUGCUCUGGCCAAGCAAAAGGCAGCCACGGAACCCAAAGUGAAGACUGUAGAGAAACCAGCUCCCGAGACAGAACCUCCAGCUCCCGAGGAAAUCCCAGUGGAGGUACCCGGCGAUGAGGAAGAUAAGACCAGCAAGACCCAGAAGAAGAAGGGCAAAAAAGAUAAAAAGGCCGAGGUCGAGGAGGAGAAAAAGGACACCAAGAAGAAGGGCAUGUCCGCUGCCAUGGUGGCCGCCAUGCAGGAGCAGCUGAAGAAGCGCAAGGAGGAGGAGGAGCGCCUGGAGCGCGAGGAGGCCGAGCGCAUACGUCUGGAGGAUGAGCGCGAGGAGGCCCGCCUGGAGGCAGUGCGUCUGGAGGCGGAGAAGAAGGAGAAAAAGAAGCAGCGCGAGGCGGAGCGCAAGGCUCGCCUGAAGGCCGAGGGCAAACUGCUCACCAAGAAGCAGAAGGAGGAUCGGGCCAGGGCACAAGCUCUGCUGGAGUCUCUGAAGGCCCAAGGAUUGGAGAUUCCCGAUCCCAACGACAAGCGACCCACGCGACCAGGAACCCGCAUCCGUCCGAACAAGAAAAAGGGUCCCAAAGAGGAGGUCGCCGAGGAGGAGGCCAAGGCGGCGGAGGCCCAAGCGGCUGCCGCUGCCGCCGCUGCAGCUGCGGCCCAAAAAGUCGAGGAGGAGGUGGUCAAGGAGAGCUGGGAUGCCACCGACAGCGAGGCGGAGCCGGAACCCGAGGAGGAAUCCUCGCAGGCCACCAACAAUGGCAAGGCGGGCGACGAAGAGGAUGAGGACACCGACGAGGAUAACGAUGACGAUGAGGAUGACGAUGACAGCGAUGAUUCCGAUGAGGAAAGCGAUGACUCGCAGGAAAAGGAAACGGCACUGGCCAAUGACCCGGAGUCACGAAGACUACGCGCCGAAGCCAGAAUCCUUAAGCGUCAGGAAGAGGCGGAAAAGAAGCGAACCACCGAUGAGCUGCGGGCAGGAGUGGUCUGUGUCCUGGGACACGUAGAUACGGGCAAAACCAAGAUCCUGGACAAGCUGAGGCGUACUCAUGUCCAGGACUCCGAAGCGGGUGGCAUCACACAGCAAAUUGGAGCCACAAAUGUGCCCAUCGAUGCCAUCAAAGAGCAGACGAAAUAUGUGAAGUCCGCUGUUGGCUUCGAGCAUCGCUUGCCUGGCCUGCUGAUCAUCGACACACCUGGCCACGAAUCGUUUAGUAACCUGCGGAACCGAGGUUCCUCGCUCUGCGACAUUGCCAUCCUGGUGGUGGACAUUAUGCACGGCUUGGAGCCACAAACCAUCGAGUCCAUUCAGCUGCUCAAGAAAAAGAAGUGCCCAUUUAUAGUGGCCCUCAACAAGAUCGAUCGUUUGUAUGAUUGGAAGCAGCUGGGCCGGCGGGAUGUGAGGGAUGUCCUGAAGGAGCAGGCGAGCAACACACAGCUGGAGUUCCAGCAGCGCACCAAGAAAGUGAUUUUGGAGUUCGCGGAGCAGGGAUUGAAUGCGGCCCUCUUCUACGAGAACACAGAUCCCAAGACCUAUAUUUCACUGGUGCCAACCAGUGCGAUCACGGGCGAGGGCAUGGGCAAUCUGCUCUUCAUGAUCGCCGACUUCUGUCAGAACAUGCUGGCCAAGCGUCUGAUGUACUCCGAGGAGCUGCAGGCCACCGUGCUGGAGGUGAAGGCACUGCCCGGCCUGGGCACCACCAUCGAUGCCAUUUUGAUCAAUGGCAAGCUGCGCGAGGGCCAAACUAUGGUUGUGGCCGGCACAGAUGGACCCAUUGUCACGCAGAUCCGUUCGCUUUUGAUGCCACAGCCCAUGAAGGAGCUGCGCGUGAAGAACGCCUAUGUGGAGUACAAGGAGGUGAAGGCCGCGCAGGGCGUCAAGAUCGCUGCCAAGGAUCUGGAGAAGGCCAUUGCAGGCAUCAAUCUGCUGAUUGCCCACAAGCCGGAUGAGGUCGAGAUUUGCACAGAUGAAGUUGCCCGGGAGCUCAAGAGCGCCCUUAGCCACAUUAAACUUGCACAGACAGGCGUUCAUGUCCAGGCUUCCACGCUGGGUUCGUUGGAGGCACUUUUGGAGUUCCUGCGUACAUCUAAAAUUCCGUACUCUGCCAUUCGGAUUGGUCCCGUAGUGAAACGCGAUGUGAUGAAGGCCUCCACAAUGUUGGAACACGAGGCGCAGUAUGCAACAAUUCUGGCAUUCGACGUUAAGAUUGAGAGGGAGGCGCAGGAAAUGGCCGAUUCCCUGGGCGUCAAAAUAUUCCAAGCGGACAUUAUCUAUCACCUGUUCGAUAAGUUCACCGCCUAUCGCGAGGAACUCAAGGCCAAGAAGCGCGAAGAGUUCCGCUCCGUAGCCGUCUUUCCCUGCAAACUAAGAAUACUGCCACAGUUCAUAUUCAACAGCCGAGAUCCGAUCGUGAUGGGCGUGAUGGUGGAGAACGGCAUUGUCAAAGUGGGCACUCCAAUUUGUGUGCCCAGCAAGGAGUUUGUGGACAUUGGAAUUGUGACUUCCAUCGAAUCGAAUCAUAAGAACAUCGAAUCGGCGCGCAAGGGUCAAGAGAUUUGCGUCAAGAUCGAUCCGAUUCCCGGUGAAUCGCCCAAAAUGUUUGGUCGCCACUUUGAGGCCGAGGACAUGCUGAUCAGCAAGAUCUCUCGCCAGAGCAUUGAUGCCUGCAAGGAUUACUUCCGCGAUGACCUAAUAAAGGCCGAUUGGUCGCUGAUGGUGGAGCUGAAGAAGCUCUUCGAGAUCUUAUAAGCGAAUUCGCUUGCCAAAUUUUGCAAACGUACAACGGGACGAGAGAUUUUCGCUAAAAAAGAAAACUAAUCUACAAAAACUACAGACUGUGCGCUUGUGGUGUGUCCUUCUUUUUAAAGAAAAGAGGAAGGAUCGUUUCUCUUAAGCUUAGUUUCAUUUUUAUGGUUUACAGCUGUGUAGCCGUAUAUUGUCAUAUCGCAGUUGUCGCUUGAAGAACUCUGUUAUAAUGGUUUUAAAUCAAAUUUUUGUAAAACGCUUUAUGGCGAAUAUCCAUUUUUAGCCUGCGAUUUUUGUUAGAGCCAACUUAGAAUAAAAUGCAUAAAAAUGUU